AGCUGGACGGAGCCGGUCCCGGUCCCCCAGCGGAGCAGCCUGCCUGGAGCGUGUACGCAGGGGCGGGGGGGGGAACACCGAGCCUUCCCCUCACGUGUGCUGAUAGAAUGCAGAGCUAGUUAUGACUAUUGGGGUGUUUUCUUAUAACGUUAAUGUUGCUCAAUGCAUAUCAGCAGCUUGGUGGCAAAAGCGGGGGCAGGAAGCACCGACGACUCUGAGGUCAACUUGAAAAUUAACGGUAUCCGUCCGGAUCCACUGUACGAUGUGCCAUGUACGCUAGUUGGAAAUGAGAAUGAAAGCCAGUCGCAACCUCCUCCUGUGCCUCUGCUCCAUGCUGGCCCUGGGGUUUCUCUACUACUCGUCAGGGAGGAUCAGCCUACGAGGCUGGGGAUACAAAUCAUUGUAUGACAAGCAAGGGUUCCUCCUGAAGCUGGAUGGUAGUCUGCCUUUGGAGCUGGUGUACAAGUAUGGGAAUCUCAGUGAGGGAGCCUGUAAGCCUGGUUUUGCUGCUGCCAAGAUGACUGCCAUUUAUCCAAAGUUCACCAAAGUGGCACCAAUGUUCCUUGAUCCAAAUUACAAACGAUUCUCCAAGAUCAGUGACUAUUUGCCUCCGUUUGGAGUAAAAUCACAAGAGAAUAUCAUAGAUAUCCUUCUGUCAGCUACUAAGAGCUAUGGCCUUGGGGAAGAACUCGACAAUAUGAGCUGUAAGACGUGCAUCAUAGUAGGGAAUGGAGGAAUCCUGGCCAACAAGUCUCUGGGACAGAAGAUUGAUGAGUUUGAUGUGGUGGUCAGGUUAAACGAGGCCCCGGUGAAAGGCUUUGAGAAAGAUGUCGGAUCCAAAACCACCAUGAGGAUCACCUACCCAGAGGGGGCCAUCCAGAAGCCAGAACACUACGAGACUCACUCCCUGUUUGUCCUCUCUGCAUUCAAAGCUCAGGACUUCAAGUGGCUCCGACACAUGGUCUUCAACCAGAGGCUGGUUCUUAUCGAUCCUGGUGGAGCCUCCUGCCAUGGUCCUGCUAGAUUGCCAUUGCCAAUACUGUUGUUGCUGUGCACCUGUCUGUCUCUCUCUGUCUCUGUCUCUGUCUCUUUCUCUCUCUCUCUCUCUCUCUCUCUCUCUCUCUCUCUCUCUCUCUCUCUCUCUCUCUCUCUCACCCCAACUGGUCGAGACAGACGACCACCCACCUAGAGCCGAAGGAUCUGUCCUAGGUUUCUGCCUUUUAACAGGCAGUUUUUCCUUGCCCUUGUCGCCAAGUGCUUGCUCAUGGUGGUACUGUUGGGUCUCUGUAAUUAAUGUUAAAGAGUUCGGUCUAGACCUGCUCUAUUUGAAAAGUGUCCUGAGUUAACUUCUGUUAUGAAUUGGUGCUAUACAAAUAGAAUUGAAUUGAAUUGAAUUUAUAACCACUUGAAGGACACCUAACCGGAAGACAGCUUGUUUUAUCACUCAGUUCCCCACCUAUUGGCCCUGGAGGGAGGGGAGAAAAUAUAAAUGUACUCCAAGAAUACCUCAGAUAUUUUUAUUACAUUGCUUGAUUUUGAUUGAUGCAGCUUUGGAGAAUUGGUGGCAACAUUUUCAGCUUUUUGCAUCUCCCAGUCAGAGGGGUGAGUGGGGAGAAAGCAGAAAGCUAGGGCUUCUUAUGGAUAUUACCAGGGUGGUCCCAGUCCUGGAUCACAUUUUAUCUCCGCUGACAGGUGGAAGCAGAGACUGUACACUGGAGCAGCUGUAUUGCUACAUCCCUAUAACCCUUUGUUGUCUACAGUGGAAAUGACACUUUUUUUUUAGCUCUAGACAUACUCUAUCACUUUUUUACACUUCAGGUCUAUUUUUUUAUUUUAUACGCACAUUUAAAGAUGCUCAUAAAAGCCACAUAUUUGAACUAUUUUUAUUGCCGUGCAUAAACCAGACAACGGAGAACAUUGCUUCUCAAACUGCUGUCUUAAUGAGUAUGAAUGAAUUUACAGGUUUAACAGUUAGCUGCAAUGUUGAAAUGAAAUGAAAGGCGACCCACACCUUCUGUAGAUAAAAACUCAUUCUAAGGUAACAAAAAUACAAUUCCUAUAUUUAGAUGAUUAUACGCUAAUGAAAACAUACUUAUGAAUGUUUUUUUUACACCGUCCUGACAUCAGAAUUGCAGAACAAUAUUUGAAACUUUUGGAAUAUAAAAAAGACAAUCCAACAAUCACAUCCACUAUACAGAGCGGCCAGGUGUUCAGAUGCAUGAAAGCAGCCAGGGAUCGAGAGAGAGAAAGACUAUGGCCUUUAGAUGAGGUUGGACACCAUGUCAUAUGAACUUCAUUAAGAACGGUGAAGUCAGUGAGUAAAGGCAGCACAGGUGUGACAUCUGACACUGCCACACAGCCUGGUUGAAUAAACAGUAAUGGUGUUAAAGGACUUUGAAGCUGAUGAGACCGGUUUCAUUUACAACAACACUUUACAACAGAAGAUCAGGUUCCCUCCCCUAGAGCCGGGGAGUGCAGACAACACAGCACUUAACGCACACACACUCACUAGUUAUGAAUGGGCAUGUGUUAGCUAGACAAAGACUGAUGGCACAGAGAUAUGGAAAGUGGCAACGUUUAUUUUUUCCACAUGAUGCAUCAAACAAUGGCUGUGAUUUCUAUUAUAAGAGAAGAAAUCAUAAAACAAGAUUAAGUGUUGUUAGCCCUGCUAGCAGCUCUGCGAAGCUGUACAUAGCUGUACUCUUGCUUUGAGCUAAAUGCUGCUAAUCAGCAUUCUAACAUGUUCACAACAACAAUAACAAUGCUAUUUGACAUGUUUACAUGUUAGUUUAGUAUGUUAGCAUUCUAACAUUUGCUCAUCAACACUAAACACCAAGUACAGAUAGGAAUGUGUUUUGCAGGUAUUUGGUCAUAAACUGAAAAACUGGACAAACUGAUAAACUGAUAGAAACGGACGGCGCAAGAUGAAAAGUUAAGCAAAGUUGUUACAAUUCAUCAUUGAGGUGUGUACGAAAUUUCUUGGCGGUCCGUUCAGUAAUUCUUUAGACAUUUUUACUGUGAACCCAAAAGGUUUAGCUAGAGGGAAAGUCAGGAUCACCAACGGUAUUAGGAUACAGUCUGGUAAACAUGAAUGUCUCUAAAAAGAAAUGUGUCAGUUCAUCCAGUACAUGUAGUAAUAUUUGACUGGAUAUUCGACUAUAUAGUUGACCUCAUACAAAUUACAUGGUUGUAAUUAUAUGCUAUAAUAGCUGUUCUUGCUGGUACCUUUACCUAGCAUGACACAAAAAUGGCAGUGUUGGUCAGUCUAUCUCUUUGGACUGAAAUAUCUCAACAACUGUUGAAAAAAUUGCCAUUAUUUUUGUAUUUAUGUAGAAUUAAAACAUGAGCUUAAAUUGGUAAAGUAUUUGUGGUACGAAAACAUAAAGUACAGGCAGGUUGUUUGUAAUUUUAGAACUCUAGAAUACCUCCAAAGUCAUUGGAAGAUAUAAAGGGCCAGAUAGAAACCUCUGUAAAUAGUUUGGGAGAUGAGUAUCACAUUUAGUUUGAAUGUAAGAAGUUAAGAAUAAUGAAUUAUAGAGAAAGAUAUCUGCCAAAUUAUUAUUUAAACUAUCCAUCUAUGUUUAUAUUGAUUUUAUCAUUACAAUCAGAAAAGCCUAAUGUUAUUUGUAAAAUUGGCGCCUUUUUGAAGAAUGUCCUUCCUUUGUGUAAGAAAGAUGUCAUAUUUGUAUAUUCUGUUUGUGCUCCAUACCAUGUGAUCGUGGUCAUGAGUUACAAAUAAAUUAAAUGAAAAUAUAUUCAUUGGAUGGAUUUUGAUGACUUUUCAUUUCAUUUCAUGACAUAAAUGGAAAUGGAAUAUAAUAUUCAUAAGUAUGUUUUCAUUACUGACAUUAAGAAUCGUUGUUUUUGUUACCUUAGAAUGAGCUAUUAUUAUCUACAGAUCAACCACCAUGUUUCUACAAACCAAACACUGGCUCUAGCUAGGGCCUUUCAUUUUCUUCAAGAGUUUCACGGCCACUGUAGUUUCUCCUAUACACUUUCCAGCCUGAUCUCAUUCCCAGGUUGUCAAACACAGAUGCGAGCGGUGUUCAGUUAGUUGCAAUUUGCAACUUUAUACUGGUCCUUUAAGUUCCUGCAGUGGAAAAAGGAAUAUAAAUUAAGUUGUGAAGAGUGAAUGAGUUGGAUACUAUUGCAGCUCUAUUUCAUGACAUAGGCUUAACUGAUUUACUGUAUAUAAACUACCGUUGCUCGAAGAAGAUUUAUCUGGAGUAAAUGUAUGUAAACAUAUUCACUGGUACUGUUAUUAAAAGGAUGUGAGAAUUGCUUGUCAUUUGAUCCCGUCUGCUGUCUGCAGAUGGUUUGCCACAGACUGUUGUGUCCUCCCAGUGCUGCCAGCAAAGCAGGGGUGUUGGGUUCCAGCUCAGAUAGAAGAGAAAAAUGGUCUCCGUCAAACAGGAUUAGCAUGCUAUCCGUCAGUGAGGAGCUUACAGUCUAACAGGGUAACAGUGCUAUGCUAGUAAGCUAAUAGCUCAUAUCAUUGCUGUUUGGUUUCUCCUGGCCCCUCACUCCAGCAUACCUGAGCGAACUUAGGCAGGUAUCCCAGUAACUGUUCAUAAAGAGCCAUCAGGACUGCUGGGCAGGCUGCUAGUAAUUAGUGAAAUGGCCCCAGGUAUACAGAUACAGGGGCUUCCUCCUCUGACUGGCUUUGUUUGCUCCGCUUGUUUUUCAUCAGUGUUUUAAUGGUGUUGACCUCUCCCCUCAGGCUUCAGCUCAGGGUAUUGCUUUCACUGUGCUGCUUAAGCACCAUCAUAUUUUCCACCCCUGUCCACUUUGCAUCUCAUCCCACCAAGUGAUGGUAAUAAGAACUGAUCACUAUUCACAGUGUCAGUAUUAAUGGUGAUUAUCCAGAAUUAACAUUUCAGAUAACAGAUACAUCUGUCAAUAAUAUCUUGUUUUGUGUUUCUUAAAGAAUGAUAUGAACUUCUUUAAUAAAUACAUAUAACUCAAAAGCAAGGAAUCUGUGUCUGUCUGUAUGUCUGACCAUCACAUGAUUCAACAACCAUUCAUCCGAUUGACUUCACACUUGGCGGGUUUAACGCCCAAUGAAGUGCAGUGUCUAUUUUGAAGCAGUUCUGUUGCACUAUAAUAACUAGGGUUGGGUACAGAACUCUGAGUACUGAUUCACAUUAAAUCAAUUGGUGCCAGAUUUCCCUACCUGAGAGUGCAUAUGGAUGAGAGAGUAGAGUACAGAGAAAAAGAGAGAGAGCUAGACUAACGUGGGGUCACCCCUGCAGCUUGUUCCAUUCACAGUGAUUUAGGGCAUGCAGGCUGUGUAAUGCAAAACGCAAAGCUGGUCAGGGCAGCAUGUCUAACUUGAGGAUACAUCUGGUCAGACACAAAAUAUAUCUCCAAGCUGAAGAAUGUAGUGUUACUGUGUUUGAUAGCCUGAAAGUCCCCCACAAGCAGCUAACAUUAGCACGCCUGUAUCUUAAUUCAGUCAGUCAGGCAUCGACAACUUCAGCAACAUCUUCAGGAACUAGGUAGUUGGAUAAGUUGUUGCUGGAGGUAACAGGGUGUUUUUCACUCUUGGUUGACAUUAGCUGACAGUUUUACUAGUCACAGUAAGCCACAGGGCUGUCAACUCGCUUUUGUUAUUACAGAGUAAAGUACCAUUGAUUACUGGUACUGAAUUCCAAGUACCGGUAUCAAAUUCAAAUUGAAUGAUACCCAACCCUAAUAUCAAUUAACUUUACGUUUGGUCUGUAACUCUUGAACGCCUUUUUGUGUCUAUAUCAGUUUUCUUUUUGAUAUUCCAUGUACUGUAGUUCUGUUAUAGCUAGCCCUCAAAGUUUGCUCAAAUGCUGUCAUAUCUGUCAUAUCUCCUAAACACUGUGCUAUUGCAAUGACAUUUGGUGGACAUACACUGAACAAAAUUAUAAACGCAACACUUUUGUUUUUGCCCCCAUUCAUCACGAGCUGAACUCAAAGAUCUAAGACUUUCUCUAUGUACACAAAAGGCCUAUUUCUCUCAAAUAGUAUUCACAAAUCUGUCAAAAUGUUUGUUAGUGAGCACUUCUCCUUUGCCGAGAUAAUCCAUCCACCUCACAGGUGUGGCAUAUCAAGAUGCUGAUCAGACAGCAUGGGUAUUGCACAGGUGUGCCUUAGGCUGGCCACAAUAAAAGGCCACUCGAAAAUGUGCAGUUUCACUGUAUUAGGGGAGUCCGGGGGGGGGGGUCCGGAAACCAGUCAGUAUCUGGUGUGACCACCAUUUGCCUCACGCAUUUCAACACAUCUCCUUCGCAUAGAGUUGAUCAGGUUGUUGAUUGUGGCCUGUGGAAUGUUGGUCCACUCCUCUUCAAUGGCUGUGCGAAGUUGCUGGAUAUUGGCAGGACCUGGAACAUGCUGUCGUAUACGUCAAUCCACAGCAUCCCAAACAUGGGAUUCAUCCGUGAAGAAAACACCUCUCCAAAGUGCCAGAAGCCAUCGAGUGUGAGAAUUUGCAAGUCGGUUACGACGACGAACUGCGGUCAGGUUGAGACCCCGAUGAGGACGACAAGCAUGCAGAUGAGCUUCCCUGAGGCGGUUCCUGACAGUUUGUGCAGAAAUUCUUUGGUUAUGCAAACCGAUUGUUGCAGCAGCUGUCCGGGUGGCUGGUCUCAGACGAUCUUGGAGGUGAAGAUGCUGGAUGUGGAGGUCCUGGGCUGGUGUGGUUACACGUGGUCUGCGGUUGUGAGGCCGGCUGGAUGUACUGCCAAAUUCUCUGAAACGCCUUUGGAGACGGCUUAUGGUAGAGAAAUGAACAUUUAAUUCACAGGAAACAGCUCUGGUGGACAUUCCUGCAGUCAGCAUGCCAAUUACACGCCCCCUCAAAACUUUAAAAAAAUUAGGUUAAUAGGUCGUUCUGUAGCAGCUAUACUACAAA